UGUGGCCUCACCUGUUAAUAAGGACUGGACUUUUAUUAAGUUGUAUUUUAUUGACAAUGCAUGCAUCAUAUCUUUUGACUUUGAAAGCUAUCUCAUGUCAAAGGAAUUAAAUUAUGUUGUGGAGGAUUUAGCUGGAACACCUCGGGUGUUGGCUGAGGGUGGUGAAAUGCCUACUAAGACAUGAAGAAUUUGGCCACUGGUUUCAUCCUUGGGAACCUGGUGUUGGCCUUCUAUCUACCUUUGGUGGUGACUUUACCUAAAACACUGGCCAUUCCUGAGAAACUGCAAGAAGCUGUGGGGAAAGUUAUUGUCAACGCCACAACCUGUUCUGUCACCUGUGGCCUUGGCUAUAAGGAGGAGACCGUCUGUGAGGUGGGCCCUGAUGGAGUGAGAAGGAAGUGUAAGUCUCAGCGCUUGGAAUGUCUGACCAACUGGAUCUGUGGAAUGCUCCAUUUCACCAUUCUCAUAGGGCAGGAAUUUAAGCUGAGCUGUCUGAGUUCAGACAUCCUGGAGAUUGGACAGGAAGCUUUCCGAUUCACCUGGAGACUUGCUCGGGGUAUCAUCUCAACUGAUGAUGAAGUCUUCAAACCCUUCCGAGCCAGUUCCCACUUUAUAAAGUUUCAGUCCGCUCAGGAGUAUGACUCUGGAACCUACCGGUGUGAUGUGCAGCUGUUAAAAAACUUGAGACUUGUCAAGAGGCUCUAUUUUGGGCUGAGGGUCCUUCCUCCUAACUUGGUGAACCUGAAUUUCCAUCAGUCCCUUACUGAGGAUCAGAAGUUAGUAGAUGAGGGCCUGGAAGUGAAUCUCGACAACUAUUCCAGGCCUCAGCGCCCACCGUGGAAAAAGAAGGUGACCAUAGCUGUGGGAAUAGGAAUUGCCAGUGGUGUGUUGGUGAGCGUCGCCCUGUGCGGUGGGCUGAGGGUGAUCGACAGCAGUGCCAGCCUUGAGACCUUGCAAACCUUGCUGCCGAAGGGCUGGCUGCUCAGGAAGCCAAACUAGCUUUUCAGGGGAGUGUUCUGGCUGCCUGAUUGUGGAUUAAC